UUUUAUUUAAAACAUCAAAGAGUUACAAAAGGGAGAGUCGAUAAUAUUUGUACGGAACCGGUUUCUGUAACACUUGGUAGUGUUCCAAAGAUACAGACUGUAAAUCAGAAGAGAAAAGAAGCUCUUUUUGUGACAAAUUCUCUAGUAAACUUAGCUAGCUUAUCUUGUGGCAGUUCUUUCAACUAUAAAAUGAAAAUACUGGGUGAAAUAGACACGGCUUGGAGGGAAGGCAAAGAAGUAGCUAUUAAAUUAAUUGAUGGCGACAAUUUUAUUGAUGAAAAUACAAUUCAUUGCAGUAAAAAUGUUGAACAAUGCAACUUGACUGAGGUAUCUAACGUCAAUAAUGAAUUAAUUAUGCUAAAAGAUGUAACAACCUCAAACACACUUGAUGUACAUGAAGGAGCAAAUAGCAAUGGAGAUGAACUUGCUGAUAAAAAUGAACAAAAGAUAGAUUGUAGCAAUAUUUCAAGUAUAUGCAUUUAUAAUCAUAACUUAAUCUAAUGUUUUUAGUGAUAAGUAAUAUAGUAUUACCA